AUGAACAAAGCUUUCAUUGGCAUUGGCUUGGAUUCUCGCCACGACCUUUUUAAGCAGCUGCUGGAGGGCUUGGAUCACAUCCACAAGAAGCUGGUGGUUCACCGGGACAUCAAGCUGGAGAAUCUUCUGCUCGACCCCUUCGGCUGUGUAAAGAUCGCGGACUUCGGGGUUGCGGCGGCGUACAUAGCGCCGGAAAUUUUGCAAGAUGCUGGCUAUGACGGAUUUCCAGUCGAUGUGUGGAGUUCAGGCAUUGCUUUGUAUGCCAUGCUGUGUGGACGGCUUCCUUUCAAGGGCAAGAGCAUGUCUGAGCUCAAGCGCUGCAUACUCCGGGGAAGGUUGCCCACGGAUGUGGCCACUUUCAGCCGCGCGGAGUUUCCGGGCGUUUUAGUUUAUGCUGCCGGCGGUGGGGAGGCACACUCCGCUGAGGAGGCCGAGUGGGAGCACGCAAUGGCCAGGACUUGCAGCCGCGUCGCUGCGGGGAUGCGGGCGUUCCACGCUUGGUGGGAUUCCCUACAGCGCGGCGUGGAGCUGAUGUUGGCAGAAGCACGGCGCGAGGGUGUGGAGGCGCGCCAGCCUUUUUCACAAAGCUUUGGCCCGAACCGGCGGCUGCGCAAUGAGUGCAGUGGCAGUGGCGCGCAGCAGGAAGCGUGCUCGCAGGCUGCCUUCAACGUCGUGUGUGUGGGUGCAACCAGUGGGGGCCAGCGGCUGUCAGCCUCACCACACCUCCAAGGAGGGGCUGCGCGAGCAGCUUUUGGCCUGGCUGCGCGUUGGCCCUGGCCCCUUGACGGGGAAAAGCAUCUUUCAGGUGCUUCGGCGGGCGCUUCUGUUUCAACCUUUUCACGCGGCUGCUGCCCGGACGCGGCGCGCGGAGGAGCAUUUUGGUUUCACUUCCACGGGCGCUCGGAUGUGAUUGAAUUACGUUCACAUGAAUCAUCCGAGCCAGCGCGCCACUUUUCUGCGCAGCUCGUCCACUUUCGUCGGGCGCUGCUGUCGCAGAUGCGCAUCCUAGCGGGGGACUCGCGCGCGCUGUGCUGCCUGCCCUGGCUGGGCACCUUGAGUGGUGAAGAACAGAAGGAGUUGAUCCCGCCGCAGAGCCUUCACGUGGCAGUGAUCUCUGGCCGCCGCGCUGGUUGUGAGCGGGGCCGCGUGGACAUCAAGAGAUUGGAGCAGUCGUUGAGAUUGCAGGACUGCGCGCCCAAGUGGUACGUGGACCAGGCAUCGCUCGAAGACUAUAAAGGGCUUGGCUCGGGUGCAGUUGUUGGCGGGAUCCUGACAGCAAUUCUGCAUCAGGAACUCCAUCAAAAGCGCUCUCCUUCUGCUGACGGUCGCUGGAGCAGCCGCCAGACUGGUAGCGCCGCGCCUCAACAUGAAGCCGAUUGCAACGAAGCAGUGCUGCACAAGGCAGGUGAGUAUGGUUUCUCCUCGGCAGAAACCUCAGAGCCUCAGUUUUCCGAGAACCCUUCUCAAUUUUUUCAGCAUCAGAAGCUGAAUCUUUCCAAAGCCGAGGCCAGCACGGAGGAUUCUGUGACCGAGGGCAAAUUUGACCAUGUUCAGAAAGUUGCAGAAGUUUUUGUUCAUCUGGAGGACGAUGCUCGGGUGCUGGUGUGCCGACGACGCAUUUUCGCGAAUCGGGUGAUCCGACUUUGGGUGGAGGAUUCUCCCGAGCUUUGGGGCAUCAAUAUUUGUGCACAUGAUGAGGCGUUCGGAGGAUCUGGUCGCUUAUUCCUCUCGGAUGAGCAGCUGCGACAUGCCUUCCGGCAUUUUGCUCGGGGACGCCUUGGUGGUUUUGGCGCUGACCUAGCAAUGCAAGGCUGCUCAGUGCAGGAACACCCACCUAUUUGCGUGAGCCAUCUGAUGGAGGUGGCAUUGACGGAGGAACUGGUCGCAAGCCUCUUGGACGCUGUUUGCUUCGAGGUGAAUGGCUUGGGUGAUGAAUGGUUUAUCUACCUUCCUGGCUUUGGCAAAGCAAGGGCUGAGGUCCCGCAGGGCCCGGCGCUCCGGGUGGCGAGCGCCACAAGCUCAGGCAUUGGGAGGCGCAGACCCCAAUCAGCUGGCCGAUCGUUGCCUGGCCGUCCCCAGUCAGCUGGUGGAGUUCGUCAAGGUGGUGGAUGUCCAACUCGAUGGAUGCAAGCACAAGGUCCUCCUCCGCCGUUGGGGAACCGGCUCACGUCCCUAAUGGAUCAAGAGAGGGCACGAGGACAUCACCCUCUUGGUGAGCCCAUUACAGGUGAGGAUGACCCAUCUGAGGCCUCAAGACACACUGAGGACUGGCAUGGCUGCGACUUGCAGGGUCCGUCAAGGCCCUCCUCUGCGGGCAGAAGGCCGUGGAUACCACCUGGUGUUCCAAAGUGCUUGGAGCCUGCACCCUUGCUUUCAAAUCCGACUCCGAGCCCUGAAAGAAGGUCACCACGUCGUGCUGUUCGGGGCCGUGACGGUCGUGCUGUCGGUAUGUCCCGGUCGAAAUUGGGGAAUUGGCCUGGAAGGCACAUGGCACCAGCAGUGGGUGGAUGGAUGUCAGAGGUGGCCGGGGAUGACUUUUCGAGAGGUCCAGAGGCAGAGGAACCCAUUUGUCAGCGAGCUUGGUGA